UCGGCGCGCCCGCAUGACGCUGUUCCUCUUGCGUAAUCCCCCAGCGCCCUCCGGCUCCCCGGUACUCCGGCGUUAAACCGUCCCGGCUGCCGCCUCUCCUCUUCUCCGCUUCGUUCUCAAGCGGCGGCCAGGGUCGGAGCUCGCCUCGCGCCUCGCGUUUCGGCCGCCACGUCGGGGCGGCGGAGGCCCGGCGGGAAAGGGGGAGGAGAGCGGCGAGAAAGGCCGCAGAGCGACGGCGGGGACGCGGCGCGGGCUUCGGGAUGUCAUCAGACGGAGCCGGAAGCGGCGCGUGCACGGAGCGCUUGAUUUACCAAGCUUUCUCUCAAGAAGAGGCCAAAGAACUUGAUGUUCAGCACCAGGAACCCCACAAGGCGGAGGCUUUUUUGAAAGCCUUCCUCAAGCGGAGCAUGCCCCGUGUGACAGAAGCCCAACUCCAUGACCACCUGGAUCGCAAAGCCGUUGUGCUGGAGCACCAUCCCCUGAAAAAGCCCAAAGAAAGGAAAAGAAAAUCCAAAGGCUUCUCUGCAAAGCAGAGACGAGAGCUGCGCCUCUUUGAAAUUAGACCAGAGCAGCAAAGAUACAGCCUGUUUCUCCCUCUGCAUAAUCUCUGGAAACAGUAUAUCCGGGACUUGUGCAAUGGUCUCAAGCCAGACACGCAACCACAGAUGAUUCAAGCCAAGUUGUUAAAAGCAGAUCUUCAUGGUGCUAUUAUUACAGUCACAAAAUCUAAAUGCCCCUCCUAUGUUGGCAUUACGGGGAUUCUUCUUCAGGAAAUGAAGCAUAUCUUCAAAAUCAUCACCAAAGAUGACAAAUUAAAAGUUAUUCCCAAGUUAAACUGUGUAUUUACUGUAGAGAUCGAUGGCUUCAUUUCCUAUAUUUAUGGGAGCAAGUUUCAACUUCGAUCAAGUGAGCGUUCUGCAAAGAAGUUCAAAGCAAAAGGAACAAUUGACCUAUGAACUCGUGGCUAUUUAAGAAAAUAUCAGAACAGUGUGAAGGAGGCAGGAAACCCACACUGGCAGCUGACUCAUGUUUGGUGCCUUGCUCUUAAAAAAAAUUACUGCCAGGCCAGUGAGUAGUUCAUUUUCAGCUCAUUUCACCGGUUCAAUUGUUAAUUGUCUUUUCUUUCUGUUUUGUUUGAAAUUUUGCAUGUGGUCUGCCUGCUUCUUUGGUUAAACCAGGGCUUCUUAAACUUUUUGCACUCAUAACCUCUUUUUACCUGAGAAAUUUUUACAUAACUUGGAUGUAUAGG